GGCUUGUACUGUUUGUGCCUAACAAGCUUCAUGGUCGGUCAUGGAACUGCUGCAGUUCACAUGUCUGCUUUUACUUAUCAGCUUGAAAUGUUUGACAGGUUUUGGCCAGCAGUGUGGGGGUAACCAGUGGCAGUGUGAUGAUGGAGCUUGUCUGCCUCUUUCCUGGCACUGCGAUGGAAAUGGAGACUGUAUGGACGGCUCUGAUGAAAUGGCCUGCCCCUGUCCUAGGGGCCAGGUUGCCUGCAUGGCCGGGGCUCCUGGUUGUGUAAAUACCUCUGCAGUAUGUGAUGGGCUGCGCCAGUGUUCUGAUGGGUCUGAUGAGUUUAACUGCCCAGAGAACCAGGGCUGUCUGCAGGGGGACUGGAGGUGUAGGAAUAAGAUCUGCAUCCCCAAGGAUCUAUACUGUAACGGUGCUAACGACUGUGUGGACAACUCUGAUGAGGCCUGUGGCCGGUGUGGGCCAAUGGCUGUGCGUUGUCCUGGAGGCGCGUGUCUGACUGAAGAUGAGAGAUGUGAUGGAAAAUUGCAGUGCUCUGAUGGCAGUGAUGAACCCUCUACCUGUGGGAGGACCUGUUCAGAAGAGAACGGUGGCUGCAGUCACUCCUGUGUGGAUCAGCCCUGGGGAGCCCUCUGCUCCUGUCCUAAAGGCUAUAGGCUGUCUGCUAACGGAGCUUCCUGUCUGGAUGUGGAUGAAUGCGCUCUGCCUUAUGGUCCAUGCAUGCACUUCUGUGUCAACACACCCGGGUCCUUCUACUGCCACUGCCGAGAUGGCUUCCAGCUUCAAGGAACCACCUACUGCUAUGCUAAAGGAAAUUAUACAAAGUUUCUGACUGCAAAGAAGGGAACUAUCGGAUUCCUGAAUCUGAAGACUCUGAGAUUCGAGUCCAUUCAGAGUAUUGGCUAUGAUCCUCUGGCCUUGGCCUUUGACCUCUCCAGGAGCUCAUUCUACUGGGCUGAUGACCAGGGGAACAUCUACAAGGCUAAGGAGCAGCAGCGCAGGAUCCUUUAUCAUGGACAAUAUGGGGUUAGAAGUCUAGUCUGUGAUUGGCUGACAGGCCAGCUGUACUGGACCAACCAGAAGACCCGGUCUAUUCAUGUUGGGGCAGCUGAUGGGAGUGGAUUUGCAACGGUCUUGGCCAAGAACAUAGACCCGUUGGAGCUGGUCCUUCUUCCCAUUGAAAGCUUGUUGUUUUGGAUCAACAAAGGUCCAGGUGAUAAAAUUACUCUGGAGAGAUCUGGGAUGGAUGGGAUAAAGCAGGAAUCUCUGGUGGUCCUCACUGCACAGGCUCCACGGAGUCUGACCCUGGACGUUACAGCUAGGAGGCUGUACUGGAUGAGUGAUUUUAAAAAGUCCAUAGAGACUGUGCGAGUGGAUGGGAAUGGUCGCUACAGCUUUCUGGAGUUCUUCAAGAGGAGACCAGCUCAGAGCCUGGCGGUGUUUGAGAGGUGGUUCUACUGGACAGAUCAGAUGGGUCUGUGGCGCUCCCCUCAGGACCGACCUAAUCAGAAGACCUUUAUUCAGAGGACAACACUCCCUGUCCUAGAGGCAUACCAUGAACAGCAGCAGCCAAAAGCUCCAUCAGCCUGUGUAAAGUCUGGCUGCCAGCUCUGCAUGCUGACUCUGGACCUGCCUGCUGGGUUCACCUGUACCUGUCCUGAUGACAAACUGCUCAUGGCAGAUGGCUCAUGUGAAUAUCCCAGGUUUGCUUAUGCAACAUCCACAACACUGAACCUGUUUGAGUUGAAAGGGAAGGAGCUGAUCAAGACAAAACUGCUGACUACGGAUGACGUCAUGGAGUCUUUUGACAUUGACUGGAGGGGGGACUGGGUCUACUGGGCGAACAGCACUGGUCAUGUGAUGCGCUGGAACCUCAAUACCAGCCAAACAGAGACUGUCCCUACGCUGAGACCAGCCUGCGUGGUGGCAGUAGACCAGAAGAUGAGAAAUCUGUACUGGCUGUCAUGUGAUGAAGCCUGUGUUGGCGUCACUAACAUGGAUCAGGGUUACCCACGGAGACUGUACCAGUCAGGCAGUGAGGUAAGGGAUGUUUAUCUGGACUGGCAGCGGGGGAGGCUGUACUUGCUGGAGGCUGGCUGGAUCCUAUCCAUGAGACUGCCAGGAGGAAACCCUAGGAAAGUCCUGAGAGUGGAGGGACACGUCGCUGGGCGCAUUGUUUUGGACCUACAAUCUAACACACUGCUCUGGAACACAGAGGGGGAUGAUCUGAAGAUCAUGAGUCUGUUGAAGUCCCAGACUCACCUGGUAGGCAGAGAGUGGAAUAUCCCUGGUUCCAUCGUGGCUGCUCAUUCUCCGCUCCUGGUGUCGCUGUUUAAUGAUGUCAUCACUGUGUGGGACCGGCGGGACAAGAGGCGUGUCCACGAUGUCCCUGUCGGACCAGGCGUUGUCAGGGUGAUCGUGGCUCUGGAUGUAAAGGAAGUGCCUCCUGCUCAGCCAGUCUGUACCAGUCCAUCAGUGAUGUGUCGGGGCUCAACUUUGUGCAUCUCACAAACUCAGCUGUGUGACACAUUCAGAGACUGCCCUGAUGGUUUUGAUGAGGAGUCCUGCAUUACUAAAUGUCCAAACCGAGGUGAGUUCCGGUGUAAGGACAGGAGGAAAUGUAUUAAGAGGAGUCUGGUUUGUGAUGGACGCGCUCAUUGCCAUGAUGGCUCAGAUGAGAUUGGCUGUCCAACGAUCGCUGCUCCAACAUCCCAAACUGCGGCCCUGAAGUGCCGUAUGGGUUCUAGACUGUGCAAGGAUGGGAGAGAGUGUGUCCUGCACAGCCAUGUUUGUGAUGGAGAGGUGGACUGUAAGGAUGGAUCAGAUGAACAGGACUGUGGAGAAUCUCCAGUUCCACUUACUACAGCUUAUUUGGCUCCAACUACAACCGUUCCAGAUAUUCUUCCUGCUCAGCCAGUCUGUACCAGUCCAUCAGUGAUGUGUCGGGGCUCAACUUUGUGCAUCUCACAAACUCAGCUGUGUGACACAUUGAGAGACUGCCCUGAUGGUUUUGAUGAGGAGUCCUGCAUUACUAAAUGUCCAAACCGAGGUGAGUUCCGGUGUAAGGACAGGAGGAAAUGUAUUAAGAGGAGUCUGGUUUGUGAUGGACGCGCUCAUUGCCAUGAUGGCUCAGAUGAGAUUGGCUGUCCAACGAUCGCUGCUCCAACAUCCCAAACUGCGGCCCUGAAGUGCCGUAUGGGUUCUAGACUGUGCAAGGAUGGGAGAGAGUGUGUCCUGCACAGCCAUGUUUGUGAUGGAGAGGUGGACUGUAAGGAUGGAUCAGAUGAACAGGACUGUGGAGAAUCUCCAGUUCCACUUACUACAGCUUAUUUGGCUCCAACUACAACCGUUCCAGAUAUUCUUCCUGCUCAGCCAGUCUGUACCAGUCCAUCAGUGAUGUGUCGGGGCUCAACUUUGUGCAUCUCACAAACUCAGCUGUGUGACACAUUGAGAGACUGCCCUGAUGGUUUUGAUGAGGAGUCCUGCAUUACUAAAUGUCCAAACCGAGGUGAGUUCCGGUGUAAGGACAGGAGGAAAUGUAUUAAGAGGAGUCUGGUUUGUGAUGGACGCGCUCAUUGCCAUGAUGGCUCAGAUGAGAUUGGCUGUCCAACGAUCGCUGCUCCAACAUCCCAAACUGCGGCCCUGAAGUGCCGUAUGGGUUCUAGACUGUGCAAGGAUGGGAGAGAGUGUGUCCUGCACAGCCAUGUUUGUGAUGGAGAGGUGGACUGUAAGGAUGGAUCAGAUGAACAGGACUGUGGAGAAUCUCCAGUUCCACUUACUACAGCUUAUUUGGCUCCAACUACAACCGUUCCAGAUAUUCUUCCUGCUCAGCCAGUCUGUACCAGUCCAUCAGUGAUGUGUCGGGGCUCAACUUUGUGCAUCUCACAAACUCAGCUGUGUGACACAUUGAGAGACUGCCCUGAUGGUUUUGAUGAGGAGUCCUGCAUUACUAAAUGUCCAAACCGAGGUGAGUUCCGGUGUAAGGACAGGAGGAAAUGUAUUAAGAGGAGUCUGGUUUGUGAUGGACGCGCUCAUUGCCAUGAUGGCUCAGAUGAGAUUGGCUGUCCAACGAUCGCUGCUCCAACAUCCCAAACUGCGGCCCUGAAGUGCCGUAUGGGUUCUAGACUGUGCAAGGAUGGGAGAGAGUGUGUCCUGCACAGCCAUGUUUGUGAUGGAGAGGUGGACUGUAAGGAUGGAUCAGAUGAACAGGACUGUGGAGAAUCUCCAGUUCCACUUACUACAGCUUAUUUGGCUCCAACUACAACCGUUCCAGAUAUUCUUCCUGCUCAGCCAGUCUGUACCAGUCCAUCAGUGAUGUGUCGGGGCUCAACUUUGUGCAUCUCACAAACUCAGCUGUGUGACACAUUGAGAGACUGCCCUGAUGGUUUUGAUGAGGAGUCCUGCAUUACUAAAUGUCCAAACCGAGGUGAGUUCCGGUGUAAGGACAGGAGGAAAUGUAUUAAGAGGAGUCUGGUUUGUGAUGGACGCGCUCAUUGCCAUGAUGGCUCAGAUGAGAUUGGCUGUCCAACGAUCGCUGCUCCAACAUCCCAAACUGCGGCCCUGAAGUGCCGUAUGGGUUCUAGACUGUGCAAGGAUGGGAGAGAGUGUGUCCUGCACAGCCAUGUUUGUGAUGGAGAGGUGGACUGUAAGGAUGGAUCAGAUGAACAGGACUGUGAGCUCCUCUGCAAAGCAGGUCAGUUCCAGUGUGCUCAUGGGAAGAAGUGUAUCGACCAGCAGCAGCUGUGUGAUGGAAAGGCACAUUGCCAGGACCGUUCUGAUGAAAUGGACUGCUUCAAGGCCACCAAGAGCUGCAGUCAUCGCUGUGACAACAAUAGCCGCUGUAUCCCAGAAACCUUCCUCUGUGAUGGAGAGAAAGACUGUGAGGACGGCUCUGAUGAGGAAGGCUGUGAUUUUGACAAGGUACUUCCUCCUGUCCUGCCAACUCUGGCUCAGACCUGUACCAGUCCAUCAGUGAGGUGUCGGGGCUCAACUUUGUGCAUCUCCAAAACUCAGCUGUGUGACACAUUGAGAGACUGCCCUGAUGGUUUUGAUGAGGAGUCCUGCAUUACUAAAUGUCCAAACCGAGGUGAGUUCCGGUGUAAGGACAGGAGGAAAUGUAUUGAGAGGAGUCUGGUUUGUGAUGGACGCGCUCAUUGCCAUGAUGGCUCAGAUGAGAUUGGCUGUCCAACGAUCGCUGCUCCAACAUCCCAAACUGCGGCCCUGAAGUGCCGUAUGGGUUCUAGACUGUGCAAGGAUGGGAGAGAGUGUGUCCUGCACAGCCAUGUUUGUGAUGGAGAGGUGGACUGUAAGGAUGGAUCAGAUGAACAGGACUGUGAGCUCCUCUGCAAAGCAGGUCAGUUCCAGUGUGCUCAUGGGAAUAAGUGUAUCGACCAGCAGCAGCUGUGUGAUGGAAAGGCACAGUGCCAGGACCGUUCUGAUGAAAUGGACUGCUUCAAGGCCACCAAGAGCUGCAGUCAUCGCUGUGACAAUAGCCGCUGUAUCCCAGAAACCUUCCUCUGUGAUGGAGAGAGAGACUGUUCGGACGGCUCUGAUGAGGAAGGCUGUGAUUUUGACAAGGUACUUCCUCCUGUCCUGCCAACUCUGGCUCAGACCUGUACCAGUCCAUCAGUGAGGUGUCGGGGCUCAACUUUGUGCAUCUCCAAAACUCAGCUGUGUGACACAUUGAGAGACUGCCCUGAUGGUUUUGAUGAGGAGUCCUGCAUUACUAAAUGUCCAAACCGAGGUGAGUUCCGGUGUAAGGACAGGAGGAAAUGUAUUAAGAGGAGUCUGGUUUGUGAUGGACGCGCUCAUUGCCAUGAUGGCUCAGAUGAGAUUGGCUGUCCAACGAUCGCUGCUCCAACAUCCCAAACUGCGGCUCUGAAGUGCCGAAUGGGUUCUAGACUGUGCAAGGAUGGGAGAGAGUGUGUCCUGCACAGCCAUGUUUGUGAUGGAGAGGUGGACUGUAAGGAUGGAUCAGAUGAACAGGACUGUGAGCUCCUCUGCAAAGCAGGUCAGUUCCAGUGUGCUCAUGGGAAGAAGUGUAUCGACCAGCAGCAGAUGUGUGAUGGAAAGGCACAGUGCCAGGACCGUUCUGAUGAAAUGGACUGCUUCAAGCCCACCAAGAGCUGCAGUCAUCGCUGUGACAACAAUAGCCGCUGUAUCCCAGAAACCUUCCUCUGUGAUGGAGAGAGAGACUGUUCGGACGGCUCUGAUGAGGAAGACUGUGUAGCAAAGCUUUGUGGCCAGCAGCAGUAUCAUUGCAGUAAUGGUCAGUGUGUGUCUGAGGCUCUCCGUUGUGACGGCCAUGCUGACUGCGGAGACCAUUCUGACGAGGUGGGCUGUGCCAAACCCCCCCACUGUCCCCCGGAGCGCCGCUGCCCAAACAGCCAUGAAUGUCUUGUGGAGGAAUGGCUGUGUGAUGGGGAACAGGACUGCCAGGACGGUUCAGACGAGAUGAAUUGUAAGGUGUCUCCAGUGACGUGUGGGGAGUUCCAGUGGAGCUGUGUCUCUAAGACCCAGUGUAUCCCUGCAACCUGGAGGUGUGAUGGACAGAAGGACUGUGAGGACUACAGUGACGAGGCCGGAUGUGACCAGUUGAAGUGCUCCAACCAGCUUUACCAGUGUGGUAGUGGAGAGUGUGUGGACCAUUCCCUGCUGUGUGACCACAUCAUCAACUGUCCUGAUGGAUCUGAUGAGGGGCACGGUUGUUCCACCAAUAACUGCUCCAGCCCUGGGACCCCCCAAUGUGACCAGCACUGUGUCAGCACCCCUUAUGGACCGAGGUGCAUCUGUGCUGCAGGCUUCCGUCUCCAGGCUAAUGGUUUGUCCUGUGUGGAUGUUGACGAGUGUAAUGAGGUCCUACCACCUGUCUGCAGCCACAUCUGCCUUAACACCCGCAGCUCCUUCCUGUGUCGCUGUCACCAUGGAUAUCUGCUGGAACCAAAUGGUCACAGCUGCAAGACCCAAGAUGAGGCUCACCUGCUGGCGUCUGUUCAGAAUGAGCUGCUGGUGUUGGGGUUGCAUAGCUCCAGCCUUUCAUUGCUCUCCACUAGUCAGACACCUGUGUUCUGUGUGGAUUAUGACUGGAGAGACCAGAGGGUAUACUGGGUCAGUCUGGAGGAGGAGAGCAUCAAGUGGACUUCCAUCAACACCAAGGAAACAGGCACUCUGGUCAAAGGUGUGAAGUCUGAUUCUAUAGCUGUGGAUUGGGUUGGCAGGAACCUGUACUGGCUGGAUGGGCUGGCCAGUCAGAUUCUGGCUGUGAGGCUGGGCACAUCUACAGUAAAGUCUCAGAACUACAUAGUGGUUCUGGAUGAGGAUCUGGAGCAGCCUCGCUCACUACUGCUGCUGCCACACAAAGGGUUGAUGUAUUGGUCAGAGGUUGGUAGCGAUCCCCAGAUUGAGCGGUCAGGGAUGGAUGGCUCUGAGAGGAAGGUGGUGUUGACUCGUGGUCUCAGCCGGCCAGUCAGUCUCUCUGUGGACACUCUCACUGACCGAAUCUACUGGGCAGAUGAAAAACUGCAGUGCAUCGGCUCUGUAUCCCUGGAAGGACACAAUGUCAGGCUUCUGCAGCUGACUGAAAUGCCCAGUCCAUUCUCUGUAAUGGUUUUCAAUGACAUGGUCUACUGGUCUGACACCAAGAGGAGAACCAUUCAAGUAUCCCACAAGAACACGGGCAAGAACCGUAAAGUUUUACUCAAAAGACCUGGACAGCCUUUUGGCAUCAGGAUUAUGCACCCCCUCCGGCAGUCCAACGUGUCCAGCCCCUGUGAGAAGCUCCAGUGUUCCCACAUCUGUCUCUUGGCUCCAGGACUGUCUACAGGCCCCAGAACUGGGUCUACGGGACCCAAAGCUGUGUGUAGAUGUGCAGCAGGGCUUCUCCUGGCUGGGGACGGCCUCACCUGCUCCACCCUUGUAGACACCACCUUCCUCUUGCUCCUCUCUCCUACUGCCGUUACACAGAUAUACCUUAGCACCAUCCAUAAUGGUGUGGGGUUGAAGCGGUUGCCUGAGCACCAUAUAUGGUCUCUACCGUGGGCGCACCAGGCCUCUGGGCUGGAUUUGGCUGUACAGGAGAGGAAUUUAUACCUGGCUGAUGCUGCCCAGGGCUCAGUCGAUCUCCUGAAACUGAGUAGCUCAGGCCUGACACCAGACAUCAGAGUCCUGAAUCUCCAGGAUGAUACAGUGAUGGCUAUGGCUGUGGACUGGGUCACACUAAACUUGUACUGGAGCAGCAGGAAGCAGCCUGACCUACAUGUCACCACCACCAGGGGGCAGCACACUGCACCUCUACUCCAACUAGGCCUUCAGGGAACCACCUCCAUCGCCCUGCACCCCCCCUCAGGACGCCUGUGCUUCACGGCUUUGGGCCAGGUGAAUGUGAGGAGCCUGCCGCAGGUGGCCUGUGCCUUCAUGGAUGGACGUAGUCAGAAGCUGCUCUGGAGGAAGGCUGUUAUGCCAACCUCCCUUCUGUUCUCCAGCAAGGGCACUCGGCUGUAUUGGGCUGACAUAGGUGCUGGAGUAAUCGACUCCAUUCUUCUGGAUGGUUCUGGAUAUAAACAGUUUAAAGCAGAUCCCGGCCUCAUGUCCUUCACACUGGCUGAGAACGUCCUCCUGUGGAGCAGCCUGGAUAAAGAUGUGACUAGAAUCUGGUUCAGUGAUGGAUUUCAGCCCAAGCAGCUGUGGUUUGAGGUCAAUACCAAUGUAGUGGCACUGAGGGUUUACAGCAAAACCAGUCAGAAAGGAACUAACAGCUGCUCAGAGCGGAACGGAGGCUGCAGUCAGCUGUGCCUGGCCUACCCAGGGGGGCGUAGCUGCCGAUGUGGACGUGGUUACCAACCUGUCGACACCAAAACGUGUAGCCCCUUCCCCCCCCUCCAGUGUCCAGAGGGCAGCAGGGCCUGUAGCGACGGCAGCAGGUGCCUCCCCCUCACAAAGUUCUGUAACCACCAAACCGACUGCCUCGACCAUUCAGACGAGAUCAAAUGCUGGUCUGGAGUGAAGCCCCAAGAUGUCAGCCAUAGUAAACCUUCCCCGGGGCAUGCUGGGAACACAGUCCCCCCUAGCCAGGACUGGUCUGGGAGGACCACCCCCGGGGGGGUAGAUGUGCAGAAGCUGGACUCUGAGUCAUGUGAUGCCCAGCAGUGUAAUGGACAUGGGAAAUGUGUGGCAAGGGGUGGAGAAACCACCUGCCAGUGUGUUCUGGGAUACCAUGGUGUGUUCUGUGAAGAGGGUGAGGGUCCAGGGGUCAGUAAUGCCCCCCUCACUUUGGGCAUCCUCAGCCUCAUUGGUGGAGUCCUCAUCGCUGCUGUCAUCAUCAGGAAGAGCAGGGCAAGAGCUGCAGCUCGGGGCCAGUCCACAGACAAGGAGACUCUGAUGACCAAUAUGGAUGAACAGACAGUCUAUGCUGUGUCUUUCAACAACGAUCUGUAUGAUCCUGACCAGGAAUUGAUCUCGUCUGCUGAUGGGACAUCUCAACAUCUGUAAAUGUUGCCUUUUCUCUUCUGCUCUGAAAUAAAGUCUAGGAUGUUAAACCUC